AUGGCACGACUACAAUUCUACCCUAAGACUACACCACAGAGAGUCCAAGCGAUCCAAUCAAGAGUGAGGAAGCACUGGUCUUCGAACAGCCGUACUUCUUCACAUACUUCUACUACAUCACCCAUUUCGGCAGAGAUGCCCCAACACCGUCUUGCUCCUUCAUCUCGAGAACUGAUAAGAAAACUUGUAAGACCGGUUAAGCGCUCGGGAGAGUCUUCGUCCUCAACUGAGGAGGGUCCGGACCACAUAGAACGUGAAGCACGUUUCGUAGCAGCGGUAAAAGCUUUUCUAAUAAAUGCCACACCUGUGGUAAAUUUCUGGCAGAAGCAUAAUGGGGUCCCGUCAAAACUUGCAGGCGACCCGAUUAUCAAUGCGCUUCUUGAAGAGGGAAAUACGUCGCUUCAUGGCGACAUCAUCAAAAGUUGCGCCAAUGCCGUUAUUCAACAUUUUAGCUUCCAGGGGAAGUUUUCAGAAAUCCAGUACCUCAUUAACGAUGAAACCCAAAUCAGCUGGGAAGUCUACGUCGCCCAACUGAAUAUACUUGCUCAGAAGAUGUAUAAGGAGGCAAAAAUAUUCUUCUAUUGCAUGGAUGCGAACUUGAAGUGGAACAAGGCACACAAUAAACAACUAUACAGCCUACACAAGAGGUGGAACGAAAGCCGCGAACGGGAGGGUCACGGCCAAUAUCCUGGACUGGCACGCGGUUUACCGUCCCCGCUACGUAGUGAAUUGCGGAUCGACAAUUCCGAUGCGGACCAGUCUUCAUCUAGUACCGACGGGGUAAACAACGAUAACGACUGUCCCGACCUGAACAUGCUCGAGGACUACGGGGCUGAAGAUCUCGAGGGUGUGGAGUGGUGA